GUCAAGGCGCGUAUAUGGAUCUAUGGACGAAACGUCACCAUCAUAGCCGAGCAUAUAGCUAAUGUUCUACGGUAAUGGCAUCGACACUCUGCACCAAUAUCCUCCUUAUUACCCUUGCUACGAGUUCCAGACUAACUCCCUGGAAUCGUGUGAAAGGAGGGGGAAUUAAAGUUUGACGAUACAACAGUCGUAUCCUGGGUCAUGUUCCAAUCGUAGCCCGAGGGGAUGCGUAUGAAAAUGCCCGGGCGGCCUCGGAUCGCGCUCAACCCGAAUCAACUGAUGAUUUCGAAGAUCCAAGUACAAACUUCCGGCCGAAGCGCUCUGUCCAGUUGCUCCGUCGAGAUGAAAUCUCGAGUCUACUCCUCGCCCAACCCGACUGAGCUCUGGCAUUAUAUAUCUUCCAGAAACUUCGCUCUCGAAUUCGCUACUCGGUUGUCGCGGCGCCUGCUGUUGUCGUGUAUUUUUGCGCGCUCUGCAUUGUGCAAUUCAAUUUGGACAAAACAUUCUUCACUCGAAGAGGUCAUUGAUCACAGUUCAUCCAAGUUCGCAAUCCUAGUUUGCUCCCAAACAGUGGCUACACGUACACAUGGCCAGCACGGAUGUUUGCUGAACUCUCACGAUCAAGCAUUGGCGUUUAUGCCGAGCUCUGGGUCCCUCAUUCAGGACAUAAUCAAUAAUGUGUCCUCUCUUCCAUCACCUCUCUCCAUAUCACCCAUUAAUUUUCCUACUCGUGGGCAAGCCAAGGAGUCAAGUCAAGCCCGAUACUUUUAGGGGUUGGUGGGGGGUUGGGUUGGGAACUGGCAUCACAUUGGCGAUUGGCUGGCGAAUCCAUUAAUAUUUU